AUGAUCAAUGACACUGUUGUCAAGCAGGCGCCCGAGAUGGCCGCAGCCAAGUCGCGCACCGGCUUCAUGUCCCUCUCCUCGGAGCUUCGCAACCGUAUCUAUGAACUCGCUCUCAUUUCCACCGAAGUCGACUCCAACCUCAUCGAUCCUAGAAACAGACAUGGUAACGACGGGCCCGAAACAUUCUACAACCACCCAGGGAUCUGCAUUCAGCAUUGUGCAAUCCCAAGCUAUGCCGAGUGUGCCUAUCAGACCUACUGGGGUUGGCGAUCCCAUCUGCGCCAGCAACCACCAAUCACGCGUGUAUCUCGCCAGAUCCGCAGUGAGACUCUCCCCAUGUUCUACGGCAUGAACGAGUUUCUCGUGUAUAACGGAACAGGAUAUGGUGGGAUCGACUUUACCGAAGCUUUUGAGUCUCUGAAGGCUAUUGGCAAGCGGAACGCGGGCCAUAUCAAAAGCUUGACAGUCCUCAUGGUCGACUACAUGGCAGACUACGAGUGUGAGGACGUCAGUCGUAUGUUCGAGAAGCAUGGGGUGUGUAAGGAGGCUGUACUUGUUUGCGUCAAUACAGCAGACCAGCAGAGUGCAGGGGAGUUCGAGCCUUGUGUUCACGAAGCUGAAGACGACGAAGACGACGAAGACGCCGAAGAGGCAUCGACACCUUUGGUGUUCAGCGUCGCGCCCAGCAGUGCUUUGCGCCAGGAUCAGACCUCGCAAGAUCUUACGACCGAAGGUAUGAAACGCGAGUAG